AGCCGCCCACUUCCGCUUACGUCAGAUUUAUCGCGCCGAAGAAGAAACACACACGAAUUCCAAAUAACGUAACUAAUGCGUUGAGCACGUGCAGUAAAAUGGAUACCUUACUUUUGGUAGCUCGUGAACAGUUGACGUGUCCAGUAUGUCUGGAUCUAUUGAAGGAUCCAGUGACGCUUAACUGUGGACACAGUUAUUGUAUGAGCUGCAUUACAGGCUGCUGGGAUCAGGAUGAUGACAUCGAAAUUUACAGGUGCCCUAAAUGCAGACAGACUUUCACCACAAGACCUGUUUUAGGUAAAAACGCGGUGCUGUGUGAAAUGGUGGAGAAGCUGAACAGCAAACCACAAGCUGGAUAUGCUGGAACUGAAACGUGUGACAUUUGUACUGGGAAAAAACGAAAAGCUGUAAAAUCCUGCCUCGUGUGUUUGGAAUCAUACUGUUCGAAACAUUUAGAACAACACGAGGAGUUUCACUCAAGUAAGCGACACAAAAUGAUGGAUGACUCUGACCGACUUGAGAAGAUAAGCUGCCCUCAACAUGAAAAACCCAUAGAAAUGUACUGCCAUGAUGACAAGAGCUGUGUUUGCACGAUGUGUGUUGUGGAUGAUGGGCAUGCAACCCAUAAUGUAGUGCCACUUACCGCUGCGAGGACUGAGAUACAGGGAAACUUUGAAGAAAGCCAAAGAAGUCUUCAGGAGAGAUUCCAGAACAAAUGUCAAGAGCUGAAGGACGCUGUGGAUACUCGUAAGCGCUCUGCACAGACAGCAGUGGACGACACUGAAAGGAUCUUCGCUGAACUGAUCCGAUCCAUUGAAAAAAGACGAUCUGAGAUGACACAGCUGAUCAGAGAUCAGGAGAAGACUGCAGUGGGUCCAGCCGAAGGACUCAUAAAGCAUCUGGAGGAUCUGGAGCCUAAGAUUGUUGGUUUGGGAACAAAUGCUAAGCUGGAGCAGAUUUUAAAAACCGAAGAUCACAUCCAUUUCCUUCAGAAUAUCAACUUUUUUGAGGUGCCACGUGGAUCUACAGACUCACUGAACACGACUGUCAGUUCAGUACCUGCUUUUGAUGACGUAUUAAAAUCUGUGUCUCAAAUGACAGAGAAACUGGAGAAUGUUUGUAAAGAAGAGAAAGAAAAAAUAUCUGAAAAAGCGAGUUGCAUCGGAAUCAUUCCCACCAUGGAACGUAAAUGCAGGGACAACUUCGAACUAUGUUGGGAUGAUAUAACUUUCGAUUCAAACACUGUGAACAGAUCCCUGUAUCUUAACGCGGACCGCACACAGGUUACUUUCAAGGACACCGUGACACCUCCGGAUUAUUUAGAUCACCCAGAAAGAUUUGAGUUUUGGAGGCAGGUGUUGUGUAUAGAAAGUGUACCCACACGGUGUCGUUACUGGGAGGUUGAGUGGAGCGGGGAAGUAGGCAUAUCGGUGUCAUAUAAAACCAUCACGAGGAAGAGACGGUCAAACAGGUCUAAGUUUGGAGGUAACAGUCAGUCAUGGACUUUGAACUGCUCCUCAGACUCGUUCUCAUUCUGCCAUAGUAACAAAUACACUGAGCUCCCUUUAUUCAAAUCUUCUAGAAUAGGAGUGUAUGUGGAUCAUAGUGCAGGAACUCUUUCUUUUUACAGCGUCUAUGACACAUUAAUGACCCUCAUCCACAGAGUCCAGACCACAUUUACUCGACCUCUCUAUCCUGGGUUUAGAUUAGGUGUUAACUCUGAAGUGAAACUCUGUACCCCGUUUUAAAAUAACACAGCCUUAUAGCUCCAUGUAACCUUAGUUCCGGCGAAUAUGUCUUUGACUUUGUUUAAAGGGACACUCCACUUUGUUUGAAAAUAUGCUCGUUUUCUAGAGUUAACUAGAGUUAAACAUUUGAAACAUUGGAAUCCAUUCAGCUGAUCUCUGGGUCUGGCGGUAGCAUUUUUAGCGUAGCUUAGCACAAGCCAUUAAAUC